AUGGAAUUUAUAGAAGGAAAGGUUAUCGAUCCUUUGGACGACGUUAGCGCUAUACAGAGGGUUGCUAGCUAUAAUAUCCCUAGAUCGCUGUACGGAGGCGCUUGUCGUGGCCUUCUAUUCCCUGAAACAGAAGACCUGGUUUCCGACAGUCUUAGCCGGAUUGAGGAGUGGUUUAAUAGCCGGCUUUUCGCGUAUAACCCGAAUUUGGAUUUACAGGGCUGUGACCUCGUCCUCUAUCAUCUGGGUAUUACACCUCAUAACAUCAUAUGGCAGGAAGAUGGCUCGUUAUGCCUUAUUGAUUGGGCAUCUGCGGGCUUCUAUCUAAGAUUGUUCGAAUUCUGUAUACAGUGGAUAUUCGACGGAAAAGAUGGAAGCUUCAAUUCUCUCCUCUUAGAUUCCGUGGAUUCUUUGUUAGAUCAUGGAAUGGCGUAG